AUGUUAGUUCUGCCUGAUUCCAAAAUCAAAAACUCUACCUUUUUUCUGACUGGUUUCCCUGGACUUGAACAACAGUAUCCCUGGCUCUCCAUCCCUUUCUCCUGUAUCUAUGCUAUGGUACUGUCAGGGAACUGCCUGGUCCUCCAUGUGAUCUGGACUGAGCCAAGCCUGCAUGAGCCCAUGUUCUACUUUCUGGCCAUGCUGGCCCUUACUGAUCUGUGCAUGGGGCUGUCCACAGUACACACGGUUUUGGGGAUCCUAUGGGGACUCAGUCAGGAAAUAAGUCUGGAUGCCUGCAUUGCCCAAACCUUCUUUGUUCAUGGUCUGUCAUGCAUGGAGUCUGGAGUCCUUCUUGCUAUGGCCUUUGAUCGCUUUACUGCAAUACACAAUCCUCUGAGAUACACAUCCAUCCUCACCAAUACCCGAAUCAUCAAAAUUGGUGUGGCUAUUUUAGGGAGGAGUUUCCUGUUCAUUCUUGCUCCCAUUGUCCUACUGAAGUUCUUCCAUUAUUGCCAUUCCCACAUCCUCUCCCACUCUUUCUGCCUGCAUCAGGACCUACUCCGGCUGGCCUGCUCUGACAUUCGAUUCAACAGCUUCUAUGCCUUAGCCCUGGUAAUCUGCACCCUGUUUUUGGAUUCAGUACUCAUUCUCACCUCCUAUAUCUUGAUCCUCCACUCAGUCUUGGCUAUUGCAUCCCAGGAGGAGCAGCUCAAGUCAUUGCAGACCUGUGUCUCCCACAUCUGUGCAGUCUUGGUUUUCUACAUCCCAGUCAUCGGUCUGACUAUGGUGCACCGCUUUGGGAAGCACCUCUCUCCUGUAGUACAUGUCCUCAUGGGCAACAUCUAUAUACUUUUCCCACCCUUGAUGAACCCAAUUAUCUAUAGUGUCAAGACCCAGGAAAUCCGUAGCAGGAUCCAGAGAUGGUUCACUCUGAAAAGGAACUGA